AUGUCAACAAUUCAUCAGGUUAAUGAAAUGAACAGUAGGGUUGGAGAAAAACCAGCAUGUUGUAUUGGUGCUGCAAGAGGUCAUUGUACAGCCCAUUGUCCAAGAAUUGAAGAUGUUUUAUAUUCUCAAAGAAAAGGAAAAACAAAUAAAGGUGCUCAAAGGUGGAGAUGUAAAGCAUGUGGUACAAAAUGGACUUCAAAAGGAAUUAUUAUUCAACCUCCAGUUGUACCAGAUACAAUUGUUAAUAGUAUUGGAUUUGGAAAUGGACCAGAAGAAAUUUCAAUGGAACAGUUGAGAGCCAACGCAAGACCCUAUAAAAAAACCAAAACUGGAGAUAAUAUAUUACAAACAUCCCCUUUCCCAUCUUUAUUUGGUAAUAGUAUAGGUAUGGGUUUAGGAGGUAAUAAUAAUAAUAUUAAUAAUAAUAAUAAUAGCAAUGGUAGUAAUAGUAGUAAUAAUAGUCACAAUGGAGGAAGUUCUCCAAGUGGCUCACCAAUACCAUCACCUCCAUCACCUGUUUCAUUUCUACAAAGAAAUUCAAAUGUUUUCGUACCAAUACUACCUCAAAGUAAUGGUAACAAUAUUAAUAACAAUAAUAAUAAUAAUAGUAAUAGUAAUAGCAACAAUAUCAACAGCAAUAGUUCGAACUCGAUGCAAUUACAAAACAAUAAUAAUAAUAAUGGUCAAUUAAGGUCUUCUUCAUCUUCAUUAUCUUUAUCAUCUUCAUCAUCACAAUUGAAUAGUAGUAGUAAUGGAAAUGGUAGCAGUAGAAAUUUAUUAACAUCACAAAAAAGUGCUCAAUCAUUAAUUGGUAAUAUUAAUAAUAAUAAUAAUAAUAAUAAUAUUAUUAAUAAUAAUAGUAAUAACAAUACUAAUAACAAUAACAAUAUUAUGAAUGGAACCACAACUUCAACAACCAAACCAGUUGUUGUUGGUGGUCCAAUGCAAAUUUUAAAUAGUGUCGUAAAUAAUUCACCUACCUCUUCGAAACCAAUACUCUCCUCUUCUUCUCAAAAUCUAUUAUAUAAUAGUAGUGGAUCAAUACCUCAACCAUCUCAAUCUCCUCAAAAUAAUAAUAAUACUACUAUAAAUAAUAACAAUAAUACUACAAAUAAUAAUAAUAAUAACAAUAAUAGUAAUAAUAAUAAUAAUAGUAAUAAUAAUAAUAAUAAUAGUAAUAAUAAUAAUAUUAAUAAUGUGGCAAAUGGUACACCAAGACCAUCUCUUCAAACUAGUAGACUUCAAGGAAAAUUACCAUCCCCACAGCAAUAUAAUACUUCUCCAUCACAUCAACAAUAUCCAAGCCCAAAAAAUAAUAAUAAUAGUAAUAAUAUUAUUCCGAUCCAAUCGACAUAUGGUCAACCAACACCACCACCAACGAAACCACCAGUUUCAAGUAAAGCACCAGCAGUCUAUCAUAACGUUCGAGUCCCUUCACCAAACACAACUGUAGAUAACAAUAACAAUAAUAAUAAUAAUAAUAAUAAUAAUAAUAAUAAUAAUAAUAAUAAUAAUAAUAAUAAUAAUAAUAAUAAUAGUAAUAAUAAUAAUAAUAGUAAUAAUAAUAAUAACAAUAUCAAUAACAAUAAUAAUAAUAACAAUAAUAGUAAUAACAAUAAUAAUGGUAAUAGUAAUAACAACAAUAAUAAUAAUUCAAAUUAUCAACAACAACAUCAAUAUUUUUCACCAAACCAAAACUAUAUUCAACAACAAGUUCAAGCAGUACAAACACAACAAGCACAGCAUAUAUUAGCACAACAACAAGCACAAGCACAACAACAAUAUAUUCAACAACUUCAACUACAACAACAAACAUUAGCACAUGCACAAUCACAAGCUGCACAUCAAGCACAAACAUUAACACACUCUAGACAUAAUGAUCUAUUGUCACCUAUAGAUUCACAAAUUUGGGCACCAAUACAAUAUAGUUGGAUUCAAACUCAUUAUAAUCCAUCCUCAUCAUUAUUGGAAUGCUUAAAGCGAUUAAUAAAUUCGGUGGUUGUUUUUUCUAAUGAGUUACCAGUCGAUCAAAGAUUAAAGAUGAUUAACUUUUUAACGACUCUCUCAUCACCAUCAUCGGAAUCACAAUAUAACACAAAUGCAAGUAAACAAAUGUUGAAUUGUAUUGACAAUAGUGUAUUUAACAUCACCAAACAUUAUCAAAUGCUCUAUCAAUCGAUAUCAAAACAUUACUCAAUGAUGGAAGAUAGUUUCAUACCAUUAACUGAAGUUUAUUUCGAUGAAAAUGAAAUUAACAAAUUCAUUCAUUUCUCUGAUCAAUUCAAAAUCAUUGAAGAACAAUUUGAAUUCAUUCUUCGUGAAUUAUCUUCAAUUAGAGAUACUCUUAUUAUUAAAAGGGAAAAUAUUGAAAAGAAUAUUAUAGAAUCUUCAAAAUUUUUAAAUAAUAGUAGUAAUAAUGACAAUGGUAUAGAAGAAAUUGGAUUAGAACAAGCAAAACAAGAUACUACAAGAUUAUUAGAAUCAUUGGCACCUUUGGAAACUACAUUAAAUUCAAUGGAAAUUAAAUUUAAAUCAAUUCAAAAAGAGAUUUCAAUGGUCAUUAGAGUUUUCUCUUUCUUUGAAUUACUUUAUAAUAUUCAUAUCAACUGUCAUCAAACAAUCGUUGAAAAACAUUCAAGACAAUUAUCAACCUAUAUGAUUGAUGUAAUUCAACAAUCUUUAUACAAUUGUGAUGUAAUCUCUGUUGCUUAUAAUAGAUUAAAAACUGGUCUUUUUAAUUCAAAUAAUAAUAACAAUAAUAAUAACAAUAACAAUAAUAAUAAUAAUGAGGAAGAUGAUCAAUUAAUUGAUACAACUAAUCCAUUCAUUAAUAAAUUAAGUGAUUUAUUAUCAAAAUAUGAAAAUAUUAGUAAAAAUAAUAAUAAUAAUAAUAAUAAUAAUAAUAAUAAUAAUAAUAAUAAUAAUAAUAAUAAUAAUAAUAAUAAUAAUAAUAAUAACAAUAAUAGAAAUAGAGAUAGAGAUAGAGAAUUUGAAAGAGAUAAUAAUAGUAAUAACAAUAAUAAUAAUAUUGAAAAAGAAAGAAAUAGAAAUAAUAGAAUUAGGGAUAGAGAUAAUAUGGAUAUUGAUAAUAUUUCAUCAUUUAUUAGUAAUAAUCAACAACAACAUAUUGGUCAAUCACAAUCGGUACAACAAUCAUCACAAUUACCAAAAGAAAGAAAAGUGAUGGCACUUUAUCAUACUACUUGCUUAGAUCAUUUAGUACCUGAUGAUCAUCCUGAAUCACCAAAACGUUUAAGUUCAGUUAUAAAGGCAAUCAAUGAUUUCUCGAGACAAUCUGAUAGGUUAAUCAUUAAAAAUGAUCCAGAGGAAAUUAAUGAUAAAUGGAUUUUAACAGUUCAUUCACCAGAGUAUCUUAGAUUGUUGGAGGAUUUAACCGAGAAAUUGGAUGCAAAUGAAAUUCGUCCAUUAAAUGUAAAUAAUGAUGGUGCAAGCACAGGCAUUAAUCAAUUCUCAACAUCAACUCCAAUCACAACAACUGGUACUGCCACUGUUACUCCAGGUUCCACAACAAGUAGUACAAAUGGUGAGCAAUGCGAAGAUGGUGAUACAUUCGUAAGCAAACUAUCUUUACAUGCCGCCAAAAGAUCUGCUGGUGCAACUUGUCAAGCCAUUGAUAACGUUAUGAAAGGUAAUGUAACAAGUGCUUUUGUUGCCGCUCGCCCACCUGGUCAUCAUGCUGGUAGAGAUGGUUUAACUAGUGGUACUAGUUCUCAAGGAUUUUGUCUAUUGAAUCAUGUUUGUAUUGGUGCUAAAUACGCUCAACUCAAGUAUAAUUUAGAUAAAAUUGCAAUCAUUGAUUUCGAUGUUCAUCAUGGAAAUGGUACCGAAGAAAUAUUAUCAAAUGAUCAAGGUUUCUAUUUCCUUAGUAUUCAUAUGUUUGAAGAAGGUUUCUAUCCUGGUAGUGGUGGUGGUGUUGGUUCAAUUGGUGUAGUUAAUUUAAAUGAAUUUAAUGAACAAAACGAUUAUGAUGAUGAUGAUAAUAAUAAUGAUGUAAAUAAUAAUAAUAAUAAUAAUAAUAAUAAUAAUAAUAAUAAUAAUAAUAAUAAUAAUAAUAAAAAUAAUAAUAAUAAUAAUAGUAAUUCAAUAACACAACAAUCAACAAUUACUAAUAAUAGCAAUUGUAAAGGAAACAUUGUAAAUAUUCCAUUGGACCCAAAGAGUUCUGCAAGUUCAUUUUUAAAAGCAUUUUCAAUUAUUAUUGAUAAGUUGAAUGAUUAUCAACCAGAACUAAUUUUAAUUUCUUGUGGAUUCGAUGCACAUAUGGAGGAUCAUUUGGCUUCUUUAUGUUUAUUGGAAGAAAACUAUGUCGAAAUUACAAGAUCCCUACGUAGAGUUGCCGAUCGUUGGUGUAAAGGUAGAUUGGUUUCAAUAUUAGAAGGUGGUUAUAAUAUAAAUGCCUUAAGACAAUGUACAAUUGCUCAUUUAUCUGCAUUAAGCGAAGACGAUUAA